UGCAAUUCCAAACUUUGAAUGGGGGGUGAACGGAUUUUUUUAGGAGAUAGUUUCUUCUGCCUAAGGCACUGAGCCUCAUUUUUCAGACGAGCUUGAUACGGCUAUAGACAUCAAGUCAUAAGGCUACAAACCAGGAGCCCUGAUAAUGGAGACCGAAGAGAUUUUUGCUGUGCAUUCAAUGCUUCAUUUGAUUUAUCAUCGCAACAAAAACCAGCACGGGAAAACAAAAUGGUGGAAGUGGCUAUCCAUCCUCAAACGUAUAACUCUGAACUUGGCGAGAUCCCUCGACCAGAAACUUUUACUGCCAUAUGGCGGAGCUGAUUCCCCUAUUGAAUCGCACAAGCGGUAUCUGGCAAUACAUGUUGUGCCCAGAUGUUAUCUGGCAUUCUCAACUGUGGUAGCCGAUGGGCAAUUCUCAACACUUGGAACAGUGUUGCUGGCUACACUUGCCCGUCUUACCAAGGUCACGGGGAUUGACCGUGACUUGAAGCAUUUGUCCCAAGCAGAGAGAAAAGAAAGCAGGAUCUCUCGCCCCAACACUAAGGCUCCUCCCAAGAAAGAGGAUGUGGGAGAGCUUGUUCAUCGAGCCGAAGAUAUACCGAGGCGGGCCAAAACCUCAGAAGCCCGUAAUUCACCUGCGCCAGUUACUCGUCCUCACGACACCGUCAAGAAAGCUCGGACGGUGGAAACCGAGGAGCCCAAGAAAAAGAAACGGAAGAAGAACGCUAUUGACGACCUUUUUGCCGGCGUAUUAUAGACAUACGAAGAAUAUACAUAAUUCCACCCCUAAUGUUUGUAAUGUGGUAUCCAAGACUUGCCACAACGACUGGACUGGAAGACCAGGAUUUUGAUUCUAUUAGAUAAUUCAUUAACGCGCCAGGAGAUCUAUCUCCCCUAAUACGUUAAUAACAAUAUGAUUGAGUGUAGCCCACGCCAUCGUAUAUAGAAACUUUGGUGAGAAUACUGUCCAGAUGAAGAGAUGAGUCCUCAACGCUGCGCAUGCAGCCAUCACAGACAGUAACGCUGUUGUGGCAUGAAAUGUCAAAAGCGAGACAUGGCCCUGUUUUUCUGACCAAGUUCGGCUCGUACGGAGAAGACGAGUCGCUGAAACCCACCAUAU